AUGCACACAUCACCACCCCCUGGAGCAGUCCUUGCGGCGACUGUGACCUCCUCCGCAGCCUUGGGUUUUGUCCCUGUUGCCAUUCGCUUUCAAUUUUUUACUGUUCUAGUUCAGAUCGCAAAGUCUGCGACGUCACAGCAAAUAACGGAUUUUUGCAAUGAACUCCGGACUGAGCAGGAUAAGGAAGUUGCACCAUUAUGCCCCCAAUUGACCCAUGAUACCCUCUUUGCCAUGGCUGGACUGGGUCUAGUUGAUUUGGUAGAAGAUGAUGUGUAUGAGGCAAACGAAAUUACACGGCACAUGGUUCAGAUGCCGUCAGCCCAACACGGGGCUCUUCACUUUACAACGGAACCCUUGUUUGCUGCUCCCUUUCUUAUGCGCAAGCUAGUGGACAGCAACUUCGAAUACCCAUUUCGAGAGUUGGAUACACCGACACAGUACGGGUACAAGCUACUGGGCGAGAUUGAUCUUGCCAAGGAGCAUACGUACUCCAUUAUGGCCCGCCAAGGUCGGAUGGAUAGCUUCAAUCAGUUCAUGGAAGGGAAGUUUGGCAAGUUUGGUAAGAUGCCGGAGCGCGUUAAAGCCUUCGGUUAUGAUCUCGACGCUGCCGUGUCAGGUACAGAGAACCCUGUUGUAAUGGUGGAUAUUGGUGGUGGUCGGGGUGAAAUGUUGUUGGAGCUCAAGGAAGCGUAUCCUAGCCUUGGAGCAUCCGCUCUGGCGCUACAGGAAUUCAACCCUGACAUUGGAAGCGUGCCAGAGGUCACACAAAUGGAGUGGAACUUCAAGGCAGACAGCCCACAACCGGUGGAUGGUGCUUUGAACUACUCUCUAACUCAUAUAUUUCACAAUAUGCCUGACCUGGAUACUUUGGACCUGAUGCAGAAGGUAUCGCGCGCGAUGGCACCAUACUCGAGGCUUCUUAUCCACGAAUUCACAAAAAACAAAAACUACGGUAAGAUGCACGCCACCAUGAUCACUCUCUUUGGAGGGCGACUACGAUCUAGUGCAGAAUGGAAGCGGCUAGCAGCGCUCAGUGGCUUAAAGGUGACGUUUGAAUCCUAUCCCGAGGUGGGAGAAGGCUUGGUUGAGAUGAGGAAAUUGUAG